AUGAAAUUCAUACUGGUUUUUGCCGUUAGUGAGGUAGUGGGUAACUUGGAUGUGGACGGGUUGCAGAAGAUUCUUGAGCGGGAGUGUGGUGUGGAUGUAGCGAAGGUUGACUCCUCGAAUGGCGCUCCACAAGAACGAUACACGAAGAAACCGCAAGUUAUCAGGGUUGACUUUCCCAGCCUUGCAACCACGAACACAAAUCGCUCCGAAUACCUGGUAAAAAAUGAUAAAUUUCUAGCAGCCAUUGUCGACCUCCUUUCCUCGCGCGAUUACACCGUGCUCUACGCCACAACAACCAGGGAGUUUGCGGCCAUGGAGAUAGAAAUAGAAGAGGCGGCCGUAUACGACCAGAUGGACGCGGAUAUCUAUCAAAAUCUCAUGAGGACGAAUAUGAAACGUGAUAACAUGCCGCAUUCGCAAUCACACCCUGAAGGCGAUGACGAGUGGAAGGAAAACAAGGGACCUUUAUUUGAGAGAUAUCAGUUUUUUAGUCCAGGAAUAUUCAUGGGUUUUUUAGUCGCCUUGCUAUUUAUCAUAAUCUUGUAUGUUGGAUUGUCUGCUCUCUUAAGCUUGAAGGUAUCGUACGCUGCGUUUGAGAAAGAUACUAGCUCCACGGGAGCUAAAAAACAGCAAUAA